UGUUAUGUAUUGAAGCAUUGAGGUGGACUCACACAGGGAAAUAGAUCAGAGAAAAGUGACAUGACACAAAAAGGAGCACAAAGUACUGAAGUAUGGUGUGAAUAGUUUAAAGACCUCUAACUAGGGGGUUAAAUCGUUGAUUUGAAAUGAAAUCAGCUGAUCAGUUGGAUGAGGGGGGGGCGGGUUCAAAUAAGAGUGGAAGCCAUCUUGGACGCUUGUUUGACAUGACUCUUUCGCAGUCAGCUAAAAAAAUUGAGAACACCUUACAAACACCUACAGAGCCGGUCAUUUCAGGGACUCAAGGGUUUGGAGAGACUGAGGAAAAGACGCAGCGGCGCAGUUCAGCUACACAAGAUGGCUAGCUAAACAGUCAGCCAACACUUGAUAGCUAGCUAAGCCCUCCUGGUGUAUGAAUAACUGCAAAUCAAAAAAAAAAAAUCUAUGCUUAGCCCUAAAUAACUUUAAGAAUUUAAUGCUUUAGAAUUUCAGAAAAUUUAAUGGGUGAUAGUUAUUUUGACACCCCAUGUCCUAGAAAUGAGAUUAUAGUUUAUGAACCACCUGCAGAGACUGGAGAUUUGAACAAUUAAACAUCUGAACUUUUGGAGUCUCCAGAGAGGACAAUCAAACUUUGGGGGGGGGGAGUGUCCGAGGAGAGUGGACUUGCUUCGCCAAGAGACUGUUAAAAGCUUUCAUUGCUAUUGGAACAGACAAGUAAGUAAACAUGAGUACUGCCAGGACAGAGAACCCAGUGAUUUUGGGCUUGUCAAACCAGAAUGGACAGCUGAGGGGGUCAGUGAAGCCUGCAGGAGCACCAGGUGGAGGUGGAGGUGGCGGAGGAGGAGGAGGUGGUGGAGGUGGUCCUCAACAGCAGCAGCUUAACCAGAUGAAAGGAGCAAUCAACAAUGGUAACUCCCAGCCUGCUCCUACAACAAAUGCUGUCAUCAAGCCUGGAGACGACUGGAAGAAAAAUUUGAAAUUGCCCCCAAAAGACAUGAGGAUCAAAACUUCGGAUGUGACUGCAACUAAAGGCAAUGAGUUUGAAGAUUAUUGCCUAAAGAGGGAGCUGCUCAUGGGAAUCUUUGAGAUGGGCUGGGAAAAGCCAUCUCCAAUUCAGGAGGAAAGUAUUCCCAUUGCACUGUCAGGGAGGGAUAUCCUGGCCAGAGCCAAGAAUGGCACGGGAAAGAGUGGAGCCUACCUCAUUCCCUUACUUGAACGCAUUGACCUGAAGAAGGACUGCAUACAAGCAUUGGUCAUAGUGCCCACCAGAGAACUGGCUCUGCAAGUAAGCCAAAUAUGUAUCCAGGUCAGCAAACACAUGGGUGGAGUGAAGGUAAUGGCAACCACCGGCGGAACCAACCUCCGUGAUGACAUCAUGAGACUAGAUGAAACGGUUCAUGUGGUCAUAGCCACUCCUGGGAGGAUUUUAGACCUCAUCAAGAAAGGAGUGGCCAAAGUCAAUCAAGUGCAGAUGAUAGUUCUGGAUGAAGCAGACAAACUCCUGUCUCAGGACUUUGUGGUGAUGAUGGAGGAGAUACUGGGCUUCAUGGCCAAACAGAGGCAGAUUCUGCUUUAUUCUGCAACCUUUCCUCUCAGUGUGCAGAAGUUUAUGAACUCGCACUUGCAGAAACCAUAUGAGAUCAACCUGAUGGAGGAGCUGACACUGAAGGGUGUGACUCAGUAUUAUGCUUAUGUAACUGAAAGGCAAAAAGUUCAUUGCCUUAACACCUUGUUCUCCAGGCUCCAGAUCAACCAGUCCAUAAUUUUCUGCAACUCCUCUCAGAGAGUGGAGCUCCUUGCCAAGAAGAUCUCCCAGCUUGGUUAUUCAUGUUUCUACAUUCAUGCCAAGAUGAGACAGGAGCACCGCAACCGUGUGUUCCACGACUUCAGAAAUGGCCUCUGCAGGAAUCUGGUCUGCACUGACCUCUUCACAAGAGGAAUUGACAUUCAAGCUGUGAAUGUUGUGAUCAAUUUUGACUUUCCCAAGCUGGGAGAAACAUACCUUCAUCGCAUUGGCAGAUCUGGCCGCUUCGGACACUUGGGUCUCGCCAUCAACCUCAUCACUUACGACGAUCGCUUCAACCUGAAAGGGAUCGAGGAGCAGCUCGGAACAGAGAUCAAGCCCAUCCCUGGCAUCAUUGAUAAGAGCCUCUAUGUGGCAGAGUACCACAGUGAGAGUGGUGAAGAAGUCAAGCCAUGAGCCAAUCAGUCCAUCCUCCAUUACCCCCUUUGUACCUUUUUUCACCCCCACCCCCACCCUAUUGUCUUGGAGUUCCUUUUUUAUGUACAGUUUCUGUCUGUCUUCCUGUUUUGGAUGCCACCAUGAGGAAUGCGUAUUUUGAUGGACGUGUUUUCGGAAGAACUCAUUUGCCUUUUUAUUAGGCUCUGUGCUGCACUACCACCACCACCCUGAAGACAUAAGCACCUGGAGGAAAGCAUGGGACCAAGUUCAAAUGCAUCGAUGCACAUUGUGACUCUUCAUAUCCACCUAUGACACAAAGCCAGCACCAACAGACCGCUACAUGUUACCCUCCAUUCUCCACUUAGUUUUUUUUUUUUCCUUUUGGAAGUUUUAACCCAUUUGUAUCAAGUGCCUUAACAAGCAGUUCAACUCGUUCUAAAGUAAUAACCCUUCAUUAUCCACCAUUGUCUCGCUCACCUCAUACCACACUCUCACUCUCAGCUGAUUGAAAACGUGUCACACUAAUUUAAUGUCUGACGGAGAAGGUGAAUUCAUUACAGCUUUUGGUUGGAUCAUCUGUUUGAAAAGGAAUGGAGAUAAUUAGGAGGGAGACUGGUCUGAAUUAUCGUUCUGCUGGCUUCGCUGCACUCAAGUCUGGCUGAAAAACGAGGACAAACUUGGAUUUUCCAUGGACAGAGAUGCUGGAUUUUCUCCAAGAGACAGCCAGACUGUCCAGUUGCUUGUAAAGAAGCUUGUGCUUCUAAAAGACCCAAACCCUUUCCUCUGUCUUCAGCAUCGGAACACUAAAAAUGAAUGAGCAGCUUCUCAACACCAUGAGUCACGAGGAUUCCUGUAUCGGUGGAGUUUAUUGUAGGGGAACGCUUUUUUCUUUUACGUCCCGUGUUUCACCUUCCUAUGGAUGGCCAUACUAAAAAUCUCUUGAGAUGUGCAGCCGACGUGGGGUGCACCUCACAUCUUGUGUAUAUACCUUCAUUUUAAGAUUGUUUUAAACAAGUUCAAAAGGCUGGCUGACAAACUGAAAAGCUUUUCCCCCUUGUUAGCACUGGAGACUUUCUUUAACUGCCAGUUUGUUUGAUCCGCAAUAUUGGCCUGUGACUUUAUUUAUAAUUUUAGAAAUUGCAGAAGUUAUUAGAAUCUAAAACAUUGAAAUGACCUUGUGCAUGAAAUGUUAUUUUUGGAGGACUAGUCCAUCACUGAGAAUCUUUAUAGCCCCUCCAGAUUUGAUGGCAAGUGCAAUUCUUCAAAAGCUGCACUUAAACUGAGAAGUUUCAACAGUGGCCCUUUUUCUCCUGCUCCCAGUGUUAACAGUUGAGACAGAUGGCUUUGUUAAGCUUGUGCAUUUGAGUAAUGAAUUCUUUGUUGUCACCAGCCUUAACUUGUGAAACUGACUCUUGAGACGCACUCUGAGAUCUCCCGUUAAAGCGAGUGCUGUUUAGAAGAGAAAAUAUUAUACCAUGUAGUCGUACUACUCGCUGCAGUGCAGCUGAAUUGGCAGAGAAUUAGUUUUUUCUGGGGGGAGGUAUUAGCUGUUACGUUGAUCUUUGUGCUCCUAUAAGCACAGCGACAUUAUUUCACAAAUGUUGAGCCGGGAGUUGUGGAUUUAUUUUCCCCCCUGUUUUUGAAGAAUGUCGGCCGAAUGCAUCAAAGUGAACCAUCUGACCUAAAAUGUAGCAGGAAUUCAUUCUCUGUGCAGGCUGGUUUUCUAAAACCGGCUAACAAAAGAUGCCUCACUGAAACAACCUGAGCAGGUUGGGCUGCACUUAGCACACAGAGAGAUGGGUUCAGGCAAUAACACUGACUGCACUGCUUUCUGUACACUCUUGCUCCCCGCUGAGAAACGUGUAAGAUGGUGCAUAACAAAAAAAAAAGAAGAAAGAAGUGGCACGGAGAGGGGGGGGAUGGGCACGAAGGAUUUCAAAAUGACUAUCAGUCGACUGCUUGUUUGAAAGAGAGCUUUCUCAGGCUGCUGAGUUUUUGGCGUUGUCUGCCCUUUAGUACUUCAUUAUGGGUUAGGGUUACCUUUUUGUUUGCAACAUAACCUCCGUUUGCAUCAAGGUCUUCUGAGCACAUGUUUGCAGACCUGAAACCUUUCAUGCAAAUGAGGUCCCCUGUGUUUAUGGUUAGAUGCUCUUUAAUGUUCUGCUCAAUGAGAAGUAUAAUUUAUGCUCUUUUUAAAAGAUAAGUGUGAAAAUGUUGAUUAGUUUAAGCUUUCCCCUUUUUAUUUCUCAUUGUUCAGGACUCUGAUCCCUCUUCGCUCAGCUCGAUCGUCCCCUUUAAUACUUGCUCGUGUGAUUCGGCUCAUUGUUUGGGUGGGAGGGCUGUGUUUGUUUAAAAAAAAAACUAAAUUAAAUUGAGCACUAGUUGAGUGAGCAGGGAUCAGAAUGUGCAGACACUUGGCAGCUGUCUGUUUUGGUGUCAGCCCGGCGGCAGGAAUCAGCACCGCCGAGCUUUCCAGGCUCAAAUCAACGACCCUUCAACAUCCAGUGUAUCGUUACCUUUAACGCGAUGCUGCUUCACUGCCUGUGGCUGACAUCUUGAAACCUUAAAGACUGAGACAAGAGCAUCUUCCUCCACAUCGGGUAAAUAAUUGGAUUGUUUCUGUAAUAAUAUUGUCUCACUCUUUAAGGUCUUUUUUAAAUUAACUGGGUGGGUUAAUUCUGGUUUUUGCUGCCCUGAUGCACACGUUCUCGUCCUCUCUCGAUGAUCCUGACAAAUAAAAUCAAACACUGCUUUUGUGUACAAUUCGGCCAUGCUGGUACGUCUGUGAGUGAAGAACGUAGAACGUGUGCAUCGGUAGAACAACACGGGGAGGGGCCUGCGGGCUUUACAAUAAAAAAAAAAAGGAUUUGAUCUGAGGAUCCAGAGUUAUGGAAGUGGGUACCAAAAAAGUUUGAAGAAGUUGCCCUUAAAUUCGGAUUUUUGUUUUCUUUCAGAUGAAACGUUCAAGUGGAGUACACCUUAUUUCAAACGUCUCUAAAUUUAAGUGAAGACUUUAAAGCCUGAGUUCAUUUUCUUUUAUUUGAUGAGAAUUUGGUCGUUAUUUAAUUGGCAGAUUUUUUCAGUGAAGCUAUUUUUACAGUGGAGUUGAGUUUAAAAGGAUGUCACCAGUAAGGAAAUGAUUGAAAGUUUUGUUGAAAAUAAAGCUCACUGAAAUUUAA